CACAUCGGAAGCUGCCAGAAGCUGCGACACCCGCAGCGGAAGAGGCGCGACUUCUGACUCGCUAUGUCCGCUAACAGUAUGUCGGACCCACGGAGGCCUAACAAAGUGCUGAGGUACAAACCCCCGCCCAGCGAGUGUAACCCAGCCUUGGAUGACCCAACACCAGACUACAUGAACCUGCUUGGCAUGAUCUUCAGCAUGUGUGGCCUCAUGCUCAAGCUGAAGUGGUGCGCUUGGGUUGCCGUCUACUGCUCCUUCAUCAGUUUUGCCAACUCCCGGAGCUCUGAGGACACUAAACAGAUGAUGAGUAGCUUCAUGCUGUCCAUCUCUGCUGUGGUGAUGUCGUAUCUGCAGAACCCUCAGCCCAUGACGCCCCCCUGGUGAUGUCAGCCUAGAGGGGUCCCAUCCUGGACCCCUCUGUCCACCUUGCCCUAGGCCUGGACCUUGGCUACUCAGUCUCUGGCCCUCAACUGCAGUCCUGGGCUUCUCUGGGUGAGGUAGUCUCAGGGCCAGCAGGUGGAUGGAGGGAACUUGGCUCUGUCCCUGGGAUCCCACUUCUGCUGAGACAGCGAGGGGAAUUGCAUAGGCCAACCCCCUCCUGCCUGCCUGCCUUCCCCACCCUGCCUGCUGCUGGGGGAGGUGCUGUCCAUGUUUCCACUCAUUUUCAUGUUGAAACCAGUUAAUAAAGUUUUGCAUUCUGGA